AUGAUCCGCAAUCCAGUCAUCAGCGGCGCUGUUCUCGCCUUGUCCCUGGCAGCAAUCAACUGGUAUCAUGAUGCCAUUUGGCCAACUUCGGAGGAAACCAAUCCCAUUGCCCCCGAUCAAGCCAUCGAGAUGCCCUAUGGAGACGGCAAAUAUCCCUGGAACUUUGAAGGCGCCAGCGCCAUACUCCCCAAUGGCGAUCUUUGGUCAGUCUGGAUCAAUGAUGGCACCCCGGAGCCCGAGCGUGCUGGUCGAGCUUCCAGUCCCAAGAACGGCGGCACCGAGCUGUGGUGUUACACCUAUCGUAACCGGCCCAUCAGCACGGCCGUCUCCAACUCGAGCUCUAUCUGUGUGACAGUCUUUAUCUGCAACCACCUCGGAACUGGCCCGACUCCCUGGACGACCGCUCCUGGCGCGCCUGUUUAA